AUGGAAUCAGAUAUACCCACCGAAGUUGGCUCAGUGCUACAGGGCGCAUCCAUCAACCAACACCCAUCCGUACGCCAUGACCUGAACCCAUCGACCGCCGCAUCCCAGAAGCAGCCCGUCACCCUCAAUGAACACCCAGAUCCCGAUAGCUCGGAAGUCGGCGAAGAUGAAAUACCAGUCAGCGUAUUAGAUCCGGUACUGCGCCAGAAGACGAUGCCCCCGCUACCAGACCUUCGAUUCGAACAAAGUUACCUAAAGAGCAUCGAGCAAGCAGAGGGAUGGCAGGGCGUGGCAUGGAUUACAUUACGAGACCAGGUCAUCAUGUGCUUCGCGCAAGGCGUGUUAUGGACUCUCCUACUCAACGGCUGGCGGCAUUGGAACCGAUCGACCAAGUUUAGUGGACACGGCGUCGGUGCGCGGAUACGGAGAUGGUGGUGGGGAGUCAACAACUGGACGAUACCGAAUGCAAAGUCCAAGUUGAGGGAUACCAAAUUGGCGAAGAAUGUGACGGAGUAUUACGAAGGAGAGUUCUCAAGCGCUGCUCAAGAUUGA